AAGAUAUUCAACAAAUAUGGCUGCCUCCAGAGCUUUGGCGUGGAGGCAGCUCUUCAAACUUUUAGCGAGUACACAAGGAAUGAAGCUCUGCAUCAACUCAAGAUGUGGUAUCCAUUCUUCUGUGUCAAAGUUGCAACAAGAUGCCCCGAAAAACCAGUCUGCCUCAGGAGAAAAGGCAAAGAUGAUCAGCAAUGCUAUGAAGGCUUAUCUGGAAACAGCUGUCAAAUAUGAAAAAGAAAAGGAAAAUCUGACAUACGAGUAUGAAAUUGGAAGACGACAUCUUGCCAACAUGAUGGGCAUUCAUCAUGAAGAUUUUACGAAGGAACAUGCCAAAAUUGCAGUCAAGUACCUCAUGCCUUCUGGAAUGUUUGACAAGAAAGCUCACCCCUACUUGUUGGAAGCCGAUGAUGUCCUUCCUCAUAAAAAGAAGGCACAGUUUGGUAGGGAUGGUCGACCUUUUCAUUCAUUGUUUUACACAACCCGACCUAAUUACUACCAGUUUAUGCAUGACAUUGUACAAAAGAUAGAGAAGCUAGAUGCUAUAAUGGUCGAGAGUAAAACUGUUAUAAAGAAGUCUCCACCUCCUCAAAAUGUGAUGACUUCUGAAUGGGUGAACUUCGAAGACUUUAAAGUGAGAACAAGGGAAAAUAUUAAUGAAACAGAUUAUAAUCGUUUUAUCCGACUUAUGGAGAAACUCCUGGACCACACUCUCUGUCACCAAGAGGAGGAAUUCCUGAUGUCAUUCAGAAAACCUUUGAUAUCAACAGUUUCUUAUAAACAUAAAGCGCCUGAAGUUGAUGAUGAUGGAAAUCUCUAUUACCAAGCAGAAGGUUCUCGGAAAUCUUGUAAAGCUCAUGUGAAGGUGUAUAUAAAUGGGACAGGAAUAUUUGAUGUCAAUGGGAAAGACAUCUUGUACUUCAGUGAUAUUACUCUCAGGGAGCAGGUUAUGACGCCACUGAUAGUCUGUGAACUUCUUGGAAAAGUGGAUGUUUAUGCUACGACAUCUAAGGUUGGACAAUCAUCGGAGUCAGGAGCCAUCAGACUGGCAAUUUCCAAAGCCAUGGCGGCAUACGUCAGUGAGGACAUAAAGACUCGCUUGACAAUCGCUGGACUUCUGACAGAGGAUCCGAGGAGACGAGAGCGAGACAAGCCUGGACAGGAGGGAGCUCGCCGAAAAUACACUUGGCGAAAACGAUGAUCAAAAACAAAGUCGUGUGUUAUGGAUUUUUUUCUUCAACAAACGUUGGAUUAUGAAGUGUCCGAUAUCGAAGUUUACUUCAAACUUCAUCUCCGAGAAUGUUGUAAUAUGGACACCUUGGAAUAAAGGACGAGAUGUGGAACAUUAAAGAUAUUCGGAAUAUUUAAUUGUAUUUCCAUUGCAUGUCAACAGUAUAUGUGUAUAUAAAAUAU